ACGAUGUUGAUCUUUGUCACACUGCUUAGUAGGGUUUUGCUUCACAUUUCCUCUCUAUACCAACUACAGUAAGCGCAGACAUGGAAAAAGGGCAGCAACUCUGCGAAGCUGCAAGAAACGGCGACGUCGCGAAAGCGAAAUCUUUGAUAGCAUCAGGAGUCGACGUCUCCUUCUUCGACAGGAAUGGACUCACGCCGCUCAUGCACGCCGCCAAUCUCGGGCAUACCGAUGUAGUCAAAGCUCUCCUUGAGGCUGGCGCGCCUUGGAACGCUCUUUCUCCAUCAAACCAAUCAGCUGGCGACUUUUCCAUGGACGCCGGUCACCAGGAAGCCUUUGAAGUCCUUCUCAACGCUGGAAUUCAGGCCGAAUUGAUUUUGGGAACCAUUGCAAGGAAAACAAAAAAGAAUGGUGAUUCCGAAGGGGAUUACUUGGAAGAUAGAGUUACUUUUAGUGAGGAUAAGUUGAUGGACUCUGAUAGCAAGGCUGUGAUGAUGGCUUGGGAGAAACCAUUGAUGGAAGCUCAUGCUAAAGCUGUUUGCUCUGGAGGUGGUAACAUACUAAAUGUUGGGUUUGGAAUGGGUCUUGUGGAUACAGCUAUUCAACAGUAUGGUCCAGCUACGCACACAAUUGUCGAGGCUCAUCCGGAGGUCUAUGAACGCAUGCUUCGCACCGGUUGGGGCAAGAAGAAUAAUGUGAAAAUAAUAUUUGGGCGUUGGCAAGAUGUUCUUUCACAACUUGAAUCAUAUGAUGGUAUUUUCUUUGACUAUGGAGAAUAUUACGAAGACCUGAGAGAGUUUCAUCAGCAUCUUCCUAAGUUAUUGAAGCCUGGAGGAAUCUACUCGUUUUUUAAUGGUCUUUGUGGAGGUAAUGCAUUCUUCCAUGUCGUUUACUGCCAUUUAGUUUCACUAGAACUGGAGAAUCUGGGGUACUCGACGCAAUUAAUCCCCUUGCCUGUGAAGGAUUGCUUAGGAGAAGAAGUGCGUGGUGUGAGUCAGAAAUAUUGGCAACUUGAUACGUAUUCUCCCGUUUGUCAGUCUACACAGGAAUCUGAAUGAUGUGUUCUAUAUUUGAAUUACUUUCUCCCUUAAAUUUGGAUUUAUCUAAAGCACUUCAGUAUCAUCUUCCAUACAUUUCCUGACUUCGGAUUGUUAGGAUUGUGCAAGAUGACUGACCGGUAAUAGACGAUGUUGGUCUAUCUUUUUGUUUCUGGAUUCACUGUGUUGAUAACAUCUUUCAG